CGCCUUCCCGGCUGCGAGGAGGCAUUACACAGGAAGAGGGAAGGAGUAAGUGAAAAAAAAAAUGACGAGAUGCCCUCCUCCUCUUCCUCCUGUGUGGGCGAAUAACGGUGCAUGAGAAGUUAUUGCAGCCAGACAAUAGCGCCAGUCCAUAUUACACACACACAUACACACACACAAUACACACACACUUACACACGCGCUCGGGAGCCAAGCUGGGGUGUUCCACGAUGGAGGAUUUGGGAGUGCCUGAGCCACUUAACUACCCUCUCAGUCCUCGUAUUGUUGUCUUUGACGCCCUCCUGGCCGAUUUGGAGAGCACGGGCUCCCCUCUGGCUCGUUGCCCGGUCCUCCUUACGUCGGAUCCGCCGAUGCACGCUGACCCGGUCGCGCAGAACCCAGCCGAGGUUCGCCCACCGCCGCCAGCCUACACCCCACAGCAGACGGUUUCUGCAGCCAUGAAGUCCUCCCAAAAUUCCAAGCCAGACAAACUGUACAGUACAGUGUGUAAAUCCCGCUGUCCCCGCUCAGCCGAUCCUCCUCCUCCUCCUACUCCGGCCUUCUCCUCCUCCUCGCUGCUAGGAGGAGGUCUGAGCGAACUGGACCAUUUACUACAGGAGCUGAACGCCACCCAGUUCAAUAUCACAGAUGAGAUCCUGGCCCAAUUUCCCACUUCUAAAGAUGACAAGAUAAAGGCCUCAGCUGUCUCCAACUGUGUCAAGCCUUCAGCGACAUCCGCCACGCUGGAGUUGGACAAACUGAUGGCAUCUCUCUCCGACUUCCGUGUCCAAAGCACACCGGCUGUGCCCGUGAGUCCGCUGAUCACGACAACGACACCAACAAGCGCGGCAGGACCACCGCAGCAGCAGCAGGAACAGGAACAGCUGACGGUCCCUCCGCAAGUUACAUCGGGCGGCUCGUUGGACAGCAUGCUGGGGCUCCUCCAAUCCGAUUUGAGCCGACAAGGGGUUCAAACGUCUUCCAAAGGAAACUGUUCGGCCUGUCAGAAGCCGGUCGUGGGACAGGUGGUGACGGCCCUGGGUAAGGUGUGGCACCCCGAGCACUUUGUGUGCACGGAAUGCGAGACGGAGUUGGGCAGCCGCAACUUCUUUGAGAAGGACGGGCGGCCGUACUGCGAGUCGGACUACUUCACGCUCUUCUCGCCUCACUGCGCGCACUGCAACAAGCCCAUACUCAAUAAAAUGGUGACUGCCCUGGACAAGAACUGGCACCCUGAGUGCUUCUGCUGCGUCAAGUGCGGCAGCACGUUUGGUGACGAAGGCUUCCACGACCGCGAGGGCCAGCAGUACUGCCAGCAGUGCUUCCUGACUUUGUUCGCCUCCCGCUGUCAAGGCUGCAGCCAGCCCAUCCUGGAAAACUACAUCUCGGCCCUCAACUCUCUGUGGCACCCGCAGUGCUUCGUCUGCAGGGAGUGUUACAGCCCCUUUGUCAACGGCAGCUUCUUCGAGCAUGAGGGCAAGCCGCUCUGCGAGGCCCACUACCAUCAGUCGCGGGGCAGCGUGUGCCAAGCGUGCCAGCAGCCCAUCCUGGGCCGCUGCGUCACCGCCAUGGGGGCCAAGUUCCACCCCCAUCACCUGGUGUGCCACUUCUGCCUCAAGCCGCUGAGCAAAGGCUGCUUCAAGGAGCAGGAGAACAAGCCCUACUGCCAUCCGUGCUUCAUCAAGCUCUUCGGCUAAGGAUGCGGACCACCUGCUCACCCCUGACCCCCCCCCCCCACCUCUUCUAAAAGGUUAUGGUCACACUAAGUGAAGGGAGCAGCU